AUGACUGUACAUAAUCAUCCAUUUGCCGCAUUCCAACAACAAUUGCCAUCUCACAACAAUUUUCAGAGAACCACUGAUCCAUCCAUGAUGAUGAUGAUGAAGAACAACAACACUACUACCACUACUACCAAUGCUACUGCUGCUUUGGUACCCAUCAAAUUGAUCAUCAAGAAGAAGAUUAAAAAGACCAAGUCCGACUCGACCUUCACCAAGCCUCCAAAGCCAGCUCUUCUUCUUCACGAAGAUAGUGUUUCUCAAAGAGAGCUCUCUUUUGAAACAUUCACCCAAAACAUUUAUCGUCUAUUGGGUGUACAAGAAGAAUUUGCCAAAAUGAAAAUUAAAGUUAGACGCAACAAUGAGAUGAAGAAAUUCAAAGCCAUUCGUGAUGAGAAGAAGUGGAACAAGGUGGUUGAGAAAUUGCUGGCCCAUUACAAUGGUUCCCCAAUCGAGUUCAAGAUUGUGGUCAAGGUUUCCAAUUGUCCCGAGAACAAGGCUUUGAUUCCGCUUCAACAUCAAGCCAUGCAACAGCCAGCAUCCUCUCAAGUUGGCAGAAGCAACGAUGGUGGUGUUGUUGUUCUUGCUCAACAAAACGUUUCACCCGUUGCAAUGAAGAAUGAAUUAGUUCCACCAUCAGCACCACCUUCUAUCGUGGAAGAACAAGUUCAACAUCCAUUGUUGAAUGUGCAAGCAACUGCUGGUCAUGAUGAUAAUAAGGUACAAGCCUCCACUGAUGCAUCCAACCUUACUGUUGCAAAGAAGAAAUUCGAAAAGUGUUGCUUUACCGAAGAGGAAAGACUGGUUAUAAAGAACAAGAAAGCUGAAAUUCAGCUAUUGAAAUCUCAAAUUAAGUUGAAGAAACAAGAUUUGAAAAAUUACAAGAAUGAAAUCAAGAACAAGAAGAAGGAAGAGAAGAGACAAAGUGAACAUGGUACUGAAACUCUUCCAUCCAAUCAUUGUCACAGUACUACUGCUGAAAGAAUUUAUCCCACUCUUGUCUCAUUUGCAGACGAGAAGCGUCACAAGCAUCAUCAUGGCAAGGAGUUGAAGAAUCCUGAAAAACUCUUGUGGAAGCAACAAAAAAAGCUCGAAAAGGAGAAGAAAAAGCUCGAGAAAGAAUCUCACAAACAAAUCAAGAGAGAACUAAAAUUGAAGAAGCUUGAACAUAAGCAAAUGAUGCGUGCUCAAAUUGCUAUCAACAUGCAAGAUGAUGUUGACCUUAGCAAUGGUGAUUUUUUGAACAUUCCAUCCAACGUGACACAAAUCUUCAUUGACGGAAACAACAUGUUCUUCAUGACCAAAACAUUGAGAGAUCUCAUCUUGAAGAAUAAGGACAAGGUUAUGGUUGAAAAGUUGAUCAUUCAUAUUGCCCAAAAGUUUGCUCAAAUUCUCUCUGAUAAUCGCCAACCUCUUAAGAUGUUACAUAUUUGCUUUGAUUCUGCAAGCCUUCAAGUCAUUUGUGAAAAGGAUACAUUUGUUGUAUCUAGCGCCACUCAACGUGGUUUCACAACAGCUGAUGACAUGCUUGUAGAUUUAGCAAUGAGGCAGAAUGUAGCUGGAUCUGUGGACUCUUGCCUGUUUGUAACUUCUGAUUUGGCAUUGAGAGAAAGAUUGAGAAAUGCAGGAGCAAAGUGCAUUGGCUCAGGAUUAUGGAUGAAAUCAUGCUAUCAAAAGCUUUGUGUGAACACUGAGCUUCAAUCUUUGGAUGAUUGGAUGGCUGUUGAAUUGAAAGAACUCAAUUACACUCUUUAA